UCUCUCCCCCUCUCUUUACUGCCUCUUAUUCAAAUUUGGGUCAGGGGUGAGGAUUUCUCACGUCACACAAGCUUGCAGGCAAGAUGGCGCUCGGAAAGCUGUGAGAUGUGAAAACAGAAUGACUGUUUGAAGAGCUUCUGUCGAUGCAUUAAGGUUUCAUAGGUGAAGAAAAAGAAGUUGGAAAUGGAAUUGCCAAAUCAUGCCAAACAAUUGCUGCUGCAGCUAAACCAACAAAGAGCCAAAGGUUAUCUGUGUGAUGUGAUCAUAGUAGUAGAAAAUGCCCUUUUUCGGGCCCACAAGAACAUCCUGGCAGCCAGCAGUAUCUAUUUCAAAUCCCUUAUCCUUCACGACAACUUGAUUAACCUCGACACAGACAUGGUCAACCCGUCGGUUUUCCGGCAGGUUCUGGACUUCAUUUAUACUGGCAAGCUUUUGUCGUCGGAUCAGUUCAGUGACCACAAUUUCAAUGCCCUUCUAACGGCAGCAAGCUACCUCCAACUUCACGACCUGGCUGCUCUCUGCAGGAAGAAGCUUAAGCGUAACGGGAGAUCCCUUCUUAAUAAACCAACCACACCUACCAAUGGAAGAACGUCUAGGAACCAAAGGCUGUCCUCUACACCUGUAACUCCAAACCAAAUGUCAGGGUUAAAAGACAGUGAGAAGACAAAGAGGCACGAGGAGCUCCUCAAAGACGAAUUGUCGGAGGACGAGAUGUUUGUGAGAAACGCCCACUGUGCAACAUCGGCAAACUCGCUCAGUCCUUCAACGAGUAAGAACGGAAGCAACGGCAGUUGUGGCAUGCAGGAACUUGGCCUAGACCUUUCCAAGAAAAGCCCCUCAGGGAGCACAGCCACCGAAGAAGUAAGUCCCAGCAGCAUCCCACAAGAAUCACCUCAAUCUGCCUCAGAAUCCACAGCCAACAGUGCCUCAUUUGAUGAGAACACCAACACGCAGAACCUCACCGCCGGAGAGCCCAUGGAACUGGACGGAGGGGAAUGCGAAGAGAGCCAACCGCCUGUGGAGGUCGACCAGCACAAAAGUUCCCGGCAGGUCACCCGCCAGAGGCGGCAACCUAAGAAAGAAGGCAACAAGGGCGAAGAUGCAGAACGAGGAACUUUACCCAACGGAGUUGCCAAAAGAUUGAACGUGGCUGGGGAGAGGCUCCCUGGUGGAGGAAACGGCAACUCCGAAGUAUCCUUCCAGCGUAAAGACGACGAGGAAGGUUUAGAAAACGGACAGGAGCAAAGUGAAGAGAGCGGACAGAGCGAGAGCGAAGGCGGGCGGAAUAGCGCCAACUACGUCUACCGCCAGGAAGGCUUUGAGCCUGCCCUCGGUGACAACCUUUACGUUUGCAUCCCUUGUGGUAAAGGCUUCCCGAGUUCCGAGGAGCUGAACGCCCACGUGGAGACCCACACGGAGGAAGAGUUGUACAUCAAAGAGGAGGAUGAUGAUUCUUAUCCAAAGGAAGAUGAAGUAGAAGCGGAAGACUUGUCUUCACAAAUAACCCAAGUCCACGGCGCCGAGUCGCGCCGCUUCAGCUGCUCGGUCUGCAACAAGAGCUACAAAGAUCCGGCCACUCUUCGACAACACGAGAAGACCCACUGGCUCACCCGUCCCUUCCCCUGCAACAUCUGCGGCAAGAUGUUCACCCAACGCGGCACCAUGACCCGCCACAUGCGCAGCCACCUGGGGCUGAAGCCUUUCGCCUGCGAGGAGUGCGGCAUGCGCUUUACCCGCCAGUACCGGCUCACGGAGCACAUGCGGGUUCACUCAGGUGAGAAGCCGUACGAAUGUCAGCUUUGUGGGGGCAAAUUUACCCAGCAGCGUAACCUCAUUAGCCACCUACGAAUGCAUACCUCCCCAUCAUAAGCCAAAGACACCUUGAACAGGAGACCCUCAGCAAAAAGAGUCAAUGCACACCUCUUCCUUUUGAAGUACACUGCAAGGAGCCGAUAACCCAAAGCAGGAUUCUCUUCUGCUGUAAAUUACAGGAGGAGCCUUUCAAACAACGAGCCCCAACAAUGGAAAGAGUACACCAAUUGGUAUGAGUUUAUGGGCUUACGAUUUUUUGUUUUCGUUUUGAAUUUUGCUGUGAAUGUAAAACUGGGGUACUAAUGCUGUUGUAUGAUUCCUUGGGAUAUAAUGACCACUCUCAACCACUGCAAUCCAUGCGAGUCCAUGUGGUCUGUCUGAUUGUUUAGGGGUUUCUUUUGGGGCGGGGUGGGGGGUAUCAUCCCAGAAAUAUUCCUUCUUUCCAUUAUUGGUCCUUGAGAAAGUAUCACUCUCGAGAGUUCUGGUGGUAUAUUUUAUGUAAAACUCUCGGCAAGGUUCGGGCUUGCACUGACCAAGUUAUUCUGUACACAAAGGUUCUAAUUCUUUGAAGUGUCUCCUAAGGGUCUCAAAAAUAGUGUUGCCAGACAUGCAAGAUGCCGUGUCUGACGUCAUUUAAGUGGUGUUUCAUAAAAGCUUUGUGCAUCCAACCAAACAUUUCCCAGUGUACCUACUCUGUACAUCACUUACACUGGCUUGUAGCUGGAAAACAGGGUCUUUGUAAGUUUUGUACUGUGGUUGAUGAUUCGGUUAUCAGAUUUAGCAUGGAUAUUCCCUAAUGCACCCUACAUCUGGAUGCAAGCCAAUGGCAAAGUGGUGACGAGAGGCCAUGGGCGUCCUUUGUCGUUUACUCACAUAGUAUAUAGGGGUUUACUCUCAAAGAAAAGCCAAACUUAAAGGUACUUGUUUUUAGAUUUCUUUAGAUAACUUAUUGAUAUGCUUCUGUGAAUGUUUUAACUGGAAGUUCUUUCCUUGAUUUCUUCGGGAUCAGAGAGGGUUGGGUUGGUUUGGGUGAUGGGCAGGGUUAAUUUUAGUUGGUACUGUUAUUUUUUACUUUUUUGAUUGUUUUAUCCCUUCACUGAACAAGACAAGUCUGUACGGACUCGUCUCAUUGCUACCUCUUAAUUAAGAACAAUACAUUAAUUGGAACUAUGGAGGUCUCUGGAUAUAGAUGUAUAAAGUUUGCCGAGGCUUUCAAAGUAGUUGUAAUCUGCCCAUCAACAAAGGUUUUUAAGUUUAAAAGCAUUACUGUAGAGAAUAGCUUCUUGGGGCGCAUGUAUUUAAGGUAUUGAGAGUUUUAUGUCAGAGAAAUCCAAAGAGAAAUUUAAUAUUGGGGAGAAUGGCUUACCAACAAACGUUUCCUGUAGAAUAUCCCUACCAAAGGUUUUAGAUUGCAUCGCAGGAGGUAAGGAUGUACUUUUGUCUUUUAGUUCUCGACGAAGAGCAAUGUAGUGGGAUGUUAGUUUGUACUUGACAUUUUACUAAAAACCAAUGAACUCCUUCUGGUGGUUGGUGGGCCGCUGGUUUUCCAUGUUUUGAAGUUUACAGUAGAUUCUCAAGAGUGUCUUUCAGGUUUCUUGCUUUGUCUGCAGAGAGACUUCAGAAGGACUAAUUUAUUUUAGUUCAGACCAAGAGAAAACCGCAUAGCGAGUGUUGUAGGUUUUUGUGUUACGUGUCGACCAUACUUGGAAAGCUUACUGAAUGAGGAGGAAUUGAUGCACUGGAUUGCUUAUUAGCCAUCAGCCCCAAAUAAAACCUAUGUGGCGUCAAGUAAAACCCAUUAUCAUUUAUUCAUUCGAGGUAUUAUGUAAAGUAUGCAUGUUGACAAGAAUUUAAGGGUAUUCAAAAUGCUGGUAAUUGCGUCGGGUGAAUGUUACACGAUCAGUGUUGGGUAAACGCUGAUGGAUGUAUUUCUAAUUCAGUGCUGAAUUCUUCGCUGCCAUCUUCAUUUCAUAACUCGGUUACGGAUUAAUUGUUUCGCCAAUCCCAGUGUAUCACAUUCCAUGAGUAAUUCUUAGCCUUCUUAAUGUAAAGUCUUAAUGGCAUUCCUUUUUUGGGAUAUUUUUUUCUGGUUCUUUCUCCAAAGUCUUGAGUUUGGGCUUGCUAAUGAUGAACUUUGGGGCGAAGCUAUAGUCGUGUUAACGGAGCAGUGUUUACAGAUGCCUUUUCCUGGAAUCCCUUUGGUCUGUUGUCUCCAAUAGUUUUUUUUUUUUUUUUUUUUUUUUUUUCCAUUUUCAGCUCAGUAUUCAUGUGAUUUCAGCAUAGCACCAAAGCUAACCCAGAUAGCCAGUUAUAUUAACUUUAACCCAAUGUGAGUCACAGAAAAGUCUUAUUAUCUACAUUUUUGUUUUGUUACAGUAUAAGUGCGCUCUGGCGUUGAUACCUCAACUCAGGGAGACUUUUUAAAUAUUGUUUAUCGUCAGAUGUACUGAACAGGAUUCCAGGAAAAAGUUCCCAUUGAUAUCUUGCUAAUUUCCAAGCACUUAAUUUGAAUGCCAUCAAAAAAACGAUGUCUUGGGCGAUACGAGGCUCUGUUGUCGAUUCCAGCGUUUGAGGCUAUAGCUAAGAGAACUGGGAGAGCAGAAAAAAGGAUGACAAAAUGUUUCAAACUGUGACAAUAAUGUUUCUACUUCAAAGCUUCAGGGAUGGUUCUGCAUAUUUUUAAAAUGCGGAGCUUUCGACUACAUUUGUAAGACUGUGUCAAUACUGUGUCAAUUUCUGUAUUUUAUUGAUGAAAAGCAAAACACUAGUUUCCUACGAAAUAGAUUUUACGAGUGUGUUCCCAUUUCAAAACGCCUUCAAAAAAAAAAAAAAAAAAAAAAAGCCAGAGAUGUACGUGGAAGAGUUUUACUUUUAAGUUCCAGAGUGUUUUUGAACAAAAAAAAAGAAAAAAAACAAAAAACAGAAAAAGCAUUCUAGUAAGCGCAAAUGUAUAAACGAAUAAGAUGAAAGCUCAUACCCAAAUUUUCAGACUAUUUUCUAAACCAAAGCACAUUUUGAUUGAUUGAUUGAUUGAUUGACAGUUUGUCUGACAUUAAAGAUACUUGUGUAUAAUAUCUCAUUGUUUACAUAAACUCUUUACAGUCAUAGACCUCAGGUGAGGGGAGGCCAGUUUGAACCUGCUUCUGUGUAGGUCACCAUCUUCAAACGAAUCGUAACCGUGUGUCUUACCCUGUGAACGUAGCCGCAUGCUUUGAUUUGGUUGGGCUGCUACUUUAAACGAUUUGCGAUUGGCCCUUAAAGAUGUGCCGAGACAUCCCUUCUGAAAAUCAUAUUGUCGUCAUCGUUUUUAUGAAUCUGCUGCUUUUUCUUUUUGUUUUUUAAAAAAAUGUAAAUACGCAUGAAUAAAACUACAUACACCUUUACCUCAAAGUAACCUUUUAGAACUUGCUGCAUAUAUAAAUAUAUAUAAAUAUAAAUAAAUAUAUUUUAUUUUAAUUUUCUUUGAGUCAUCUCUCUCAGUUUUAGUUUUUAAAAAUGUGUUGUAUGUAUGCUGAGCUGCCUGUUUUAUUCUUUUUUUGUUUUUUUCUUUUUUUUUCUUUGUCCACAAAAGAAGCAUCUUAAAUACCGACUGGCCUCUCCUCCGUCUACAUUGGUGCAAACACUUACUGACAGUGUUCACUUUUUUUAUCAAAUGUCUAUUGUCAGUGAUGAAUGUAUUUAUUUGUUUGAUCCUGUUCACUUUGGGUGAGACGACGUGUCUUCAGGGUCUGAGUUUAUUCUGUUGUAGUAAGCUGAGAGGUAAAUAAACAAAAAAAAAAAAGAAAAAAAAAAAAAAAGACACAAGACAUAGAUAAUUUUCAAACCUGUGAAGACGUAGACAUGAGGAAUGUAUUUCUCCAUGAAGUGUCCAUCAUUAAGGAUGUAUCCCACAUCGUUUUUGUAAUCUUAUCUCACUCAAAGCAUGCACGUGCUCUGGAUCAUGUGUUUCCUGUCAUGGACGCUUGAAGGCGGCUGUCGAUUUUAAAUGUUCUCUGUCUGUACGCCUCUGCCCGCCGAUACAGGAAGGGACCUUUUAGAAUUGUGUCAAAGGCAUUCAAGGUUGUGUUUUCUGUACUGAAAGCCGCCGUGUUGUUGCGCGCUGCGAUUCAAGGCUGCCGGUCGAUUCCGUUUUUUUGUUUGGUUUUUUUUUUUUUCUUCUUCUUCUUCUUUUUUUUUUUUUUUUUUUU